GCAGUGGAGGCUGUUCUGCGAAUGCAUCAUGCGUUAAAUAUGGAUCCAGGGAGAGGUGUAUCUGUAAGAUGGGGUUUUAUGGAGAUGGCAAAACAUGCACAGAGGCCCUGUGCCCAGCACUGUCAUCCCCGGAGAAUGGUUUCAUCGAGCACAGUGACGGAAACAAGACUAACGAUGAGACACAUUUUGCUUGUAACCCAGGUUACAACAUUAAUGGUAGCGCCAUUUUGAAAUGUCGACACCCUCACAUGAGUCCCGCGGGAAAAUGGUCUGAUGCUGUUCCAACCUGUGAAAAUGCGUGCUCUUCACAGGGGUGUUCGGUUGGGUCGGUGUGUGUGACACAAGAAACUGGAAGCAAAUGUGUUUGUGAAGACGGUUAUGAAAUGUCGGGCAGCAAAUGCACUUUGGUCCGGUGUACAUCCUUGGAAGGUCCGACCAAUGGGUCUGCCACAAGCGCGGAACAAGGGUACGGUGCGGUGAUUAACUUCAGAUGUGACUUCGGAUUCCAUCAGCGAAAACCGACGUCAGUCGUUUGCUCCAAGAAUGGCACGUGGCUUGGCACCGUGCCAACGUGCGAACCCAUACCUUGCAACACCAGACUGUUACAUAAGCCAGAACACGGUGAAAUGAAUCAGACAGAAGAGUUGUCUGGGAUCGUGACAGUCACGUUUAGCUGUGACUAUGGUUUUCACUUGAUUGGACAAGACACUAUACUGUGUCUGACGAACGGACAGUGGACGGGAUCUGCUCCAAUCUGCCAAGCUUCAAGAUGUCCUCUCAUUGAUGGUAUCCGGCACGGAAAGGCGUCGUCCAAUGUGACCAAGCAAGGAGAAACUGUGACAUUCACUUGCGAUACCAGAUUUAACCUGGAAGGUCCGGGAACCGUUCAGUGUAAUGGCACAGGUCACUGGAACGACUCUCUGCCGUAUUGCAAACCAAUCAGGAACCUUUGGAACUGCAGCGAUAUUAAAGAUCUUGAGCUAAAGGGGCAGGGUGCUCGAGUGAAUUGCACUAAAAUGGAUUCAGUGUACAGCGAGUGCAGUAUCCAAUGUCAAGGUCACAACAGAACGUACCAGCCAAGUCGGUUUAACAAGCACAUCUGUGAUACAGAGGAGAGGUUCCCAGGUUGGCUUGUCUUCUCAAGUCUCGGCUCACGGGCAAUGGAACUAGGCUCUUGUGUGGAACCAGUGAAUCCCCUUAUGACGCUCUCCAUAGAGGGGCUUUUUGCUGAGGUGACUCUCCACGACAAAGACACAGAUCCCAAUGGCUGCUUGAGGAAUAUACUAGACAUUAUCUGUGGAAGUAAGUGCAAGGCCUCAGAAGUUCGACUGCAGACUCUAUCCCCUACUGGCGGACAUCGUGAAUUUAUGGAGAUACAGUUUACCUUAUCCCAGCCAACCCACACGGGCGGGGGAGUGACCGAUCAAGACAAAGUCGUGCAGGAAUGGAACAACACACUAAACCACAUGAAAGACGUUGUGAAUAACUUACAAAACAACAUGAGUACGGGCACCCCAUCAUCCUGUGAGAAUAACGCUUCGUUUGCCUGGCUGGAGAAUCAGAUCCUUGUUGGCACACAGGAGCUGGAUUGUCCAGCUGGAUACACGGCCGAGUAUCCUUUCUGCUAUCCAUGUCCAAGUGGGUCAUUUUACCACCGAGACAUGAGGCGCUGUGACCCAUGCCCUAUAGGUUUCUACCAGCCGAAUCAGUCCUCAAGCCACUGUAUUAAAUGCCCAGGGGGAACAACCACGGCCAGGGAAGGGACAAAAGCCUCGUCCGGUUGUCUAGGUAACUAA